AAAACAUCGCGAGGUUUCGGUGAGACUUGGCUCUAUAAGCCCAGGGGAACGGGUCUCGGAAACCCUUUUUACGAAGAUGGCGCCGAAAGCUAAGAAGGAAGCCCCUGCCCCUCCCAAAGCCGAAGCCAAAGCAAAGGCUUUGAAGGCAAAGAAAGCAGUGUUGAAAGGCGUCCACAGCCACAAAAAAAAGAAGAUCCGCACGUCACCCACUUUCCAAUGGCCAAAGACACUAAGGCUCCGGAGGCAGCCUAAAUACCCUCGGAGGAGUGCACCCAGGAGAAACAAGCUUGACCACUAUGCCAUCAUCAAAUUCCCCCUGACGACCGAGUCAGCCAUGAAGAAGAGAAGAAUAGAAGACAAUAAUACACUGGUGUUCAUUGUGGAUGUCAAGGCCAACAAGCACCAGAUCAAACAGGCUGUGAAGAAGCUCUACGACAUCGAUGUGGCCAAGGUCAACACCCUGAUCAGGCCUGAUGGCGAGAAGAAGGCAUAUGUUCGACUGGCUCCUGACUAUGAUGCUUUGGAUGUUGCCAACAAAAUUGGAAUCAUCUAAACUGAGUCCAGCUGCCUAAUUCUAAAUAUAAAAAUUUUACACUGUAUUGUUUCUUUAUGUUGAUUUCUGUUUGGGCUGGGGGAACGCUGAAUAGAGUUUGGGCAAGACUCUUGGCCUAUUUACCCUGUUGGUACACUUAGCACUUCCCAUACUUGUUGUAAUCUUGGCGGUGGGAGCUCAGCUAG